AUGAUGGCUCAGGCGCCUCAGACCAAGGGGGCGUUCCUCCCUACAGAAAUUGUCAUCACCAUCCUUUCCUUCGCCUCAGAUGAGGAUGCAGUGAACGAAAACUGGCAGUCUACAUUAUUCUCAUGCUGCUUGGUCUGCCAGCAAUGGUAUGCCGCUGCCAUUCCGUUCCUUUAUGCAAAGCCAGUCAUCUCUGCGAGAAACUACGACUCCUUUGCUGGAACAUUAGAUGUCCGUGGCAAAGCCAGGCAUAAUAUACAAGAGCCUCUAGGGAGCUUUGUUAAGCAUCUUGACCUUGGAGGCCUUGCACAUAGCGGUAGCAAGAGUGUUACUGCAAGACUACUGCGGGCUUGUAAAGAAGGGCUCGAGGUCUUUGUUGCACCUGCGUCUACAUUUUCGGCUAUUAGUUUAACUCCCAUGAGCAAAUGCUUAAACUUGAGAAUAGUUGAUCUAUCCGUUCUGAUGACGAUAGUCCCUUUUCUGAGUAUACCACAUGCUGUGCGCCAUCUUCGGAAUCUAGAGACCUUACGAUUCCCCCCAGAAAUGUCCAACAAGGGAUUGCCGAAAGUAAACCAACCUCAGAACGAAAGGUCACCUCCCAUGUAUCAGUGGCCCCCAAAAUUGAAAAGACUACAGCUGUGGAGAGUACAUGACUCCAUUAUUCUGGGGAAUUUCAUCUGGCCGGAAACAGUCACCGCCGUGACUCUAACAGAAUCCACCCAUUAUCCGUUCAACUAUAUACUACAGACACUCGUCAACGGUAGCGCCCGCCAUAGACUACAGCGUGUGAGGAUAGUAAGCAACCGCCAAACCGACGAAAUCUCUUUCCUCGCCCCACUUUGUUCUCAGAUGGAGAAGCUCAAGUUUUUAAGCCUGCAAGGCUGCGGGUGUGAUCCUGUUUUCUACAAGAGGAUCAUUUCCACGUCUCCCAAGCCAGCAGCCUUGGAGAUACUAGAAAUAAGUCCUCUGCCACUCGAGCACAAGCUGCGAGUUCAGUUAGUGAGGGAUCUCCAGACGAUAUUUUCAGUUGCGUUCCCUCGAGUUCGGUUAUUGGGCAUCUCUGCAUCCUGUAUAAAUUACGUUUCUGAAUGGUUUGAACUUGAAAUGGAUAAAGUUCUGAUGGACAACGCCAGGAAAUCAGGGUACUAUGAUAAAGAGAAGCUUGAAAAUGGCAGAAUCCAAACCGGAGUUUACUAUUUCUAG